GCUAGAGAAUCUGGGUUUUCCUUGCCAAUACAGUAAUAUCUACGUAGACAUGAAAUGGGUCCGUGUAGACAUCCAAGCUCUCUUUACAUCUAGUUGUUGGCUCAGUUUUCUCUACGCAGUCGAGCUGUUCACUUCGCGAAUUUCUACAGUAGCUCUGGUGCAUACAGUAAUCUAUUUAUUUAAAUGUUAAUGUUUUGAACUACUAGCUUAUAUAUAGCCCAUACAAUAUGCAGACGAAAAUUCAAAAUACAGUCGUAUUGAAUCACACACUUCACGUGAAUCCUAUACAGGAAGAUCGCAAGCCUACUAAUUCACUAUUCAUUUUCAUAUUUUCACUAAUAUUUCUUGUUUGGUUCAGUGUCAGCAUACAAGGUAUCGUUGAUUUACAACUUCCUUUUUAUUGCAAUAACAGUCAAAAUUUUUUAGCUCUAGCCUAUCCUAUGCAUAUUGAUCGAUUUGAGGAUGAACACAAACAUGCAAUUAUUCAGAAAUAUAGAAUUGAUACUCAAAAUCAGAUUGAAGAGCUUGAGAUCAGAUUCGAUGGUCGAUUUAUAUUUUACAGCGUUGUUAGCGCAUCAGUAGCCAUUAUUUAUAUGUAUUUGCUAACUCAAACGAUAAGCCGAUUUAUGAUUUAUUUAUCAACGAUAUUAUUAAUUAUUGGAUUGGUCGUAUAUGUCGUAGUUAGUCUGAUAAUAGCUAUUCCAUUUGAUCACAUCCACAGGAUUAUAUUAUUUUCGUUUUCAUUAGUUUAUUUAUUGUAUCAUUCUAUAGUUCUUAUGUGCCUUCAAAAAAUCGGAUUCAAAACGAUAACUGAUAUAAUCAAAGACUCUUGCAGAGCAGUAAUACUAUGUCCUUCAAUAAUAAUUUUCACAUGUAUAAUGUCUGCGAUAAUUAUUCUAGUAUUUGCAUUUUCACUUUACAUCUUUAAAUGCAUAGCGUUGUCUAAUAAUGACUGUUCCCACAUCAUAGCUUAUUGCUGCGUGGAUAUAAUUGGCGGAAUCAUCAUCGUUUCUUUCCUCAUUAAUUUCACCCAAAUAGCAAUUUCUGAAUAUACAAUCAAUUGGUUCUGGACUGAUGAUAAAAAUUUAGUUACGCAUAGCUUCAUCAGUAGCAGCAUCGAAAAAACAAUAGGAUAUCAUAUGGGUACAGUAGCGUUUGCAUCAAUACCGCUAUUGCCUAAUAUUUGUGCAAGCUUCCAUGUUUGCACCUGCCAAUACGAGUCAGACGGAGUGAUAAAAAAAGAAAAUAUAUUCAUAAGAUUCAUAAGUCAGAUCGCUUUGAUAUUUUAUAUAAAAGAUUACGCUCUCAUUCACACUUCGAUCUAUGGAUUUGACUUUUCUAACUCGGCAGUGGCGGCUAUUGCCCUGGUGUCGGAAAAUGCAUCAUUAUUUUUAGCGGCGACAGAGAUAUCUAAUCUGGUGCUGUUGGUUGGUGCUGCAGUUGCCACAGUACCAUUCGCAAUUGAGGAUCAUCCGUACUUAGCGCUAUACUCGUUUCCCCUGCCGUUUUUUAUACUACUUGUGACCGCAAUACGUGCAUUGCUAGUAAAUAAAAUGAUAAUUCAGAGUACUUCAGAAAUUUUAAAAGAAAAACUUGAAGUGUAAUCGCCUUGGACGUAUAUAUAUUAUCAAAUGUGUUAAUUCGUAGUCGCAUUGCAUUAAUAUCAAAUCAAAACUUGCAUUUAUACUUCACAUAUUUGAUAUUUAAGUAAUGUUAUCUGCGGUAGCUGAUUGAUGGAUACAUAUUUUCGUUAUUUUGACUAAAUUUAAAAUACUCUGUAGUCUAGUUUUAUAAAACAAACACAAUAAAUAAAAAGAAGAACAUUAUUGUUGAACAAAAAAAAUUAAUUGCAUAUGUAAAAUUUACUUUUAUAAUGUACGAAUGCUUUCA